GUCCGUGCCAAGCCUGCCUUCAGGAUGAUAUAAAACUGCUGGGGGGGGCAGACUGGCUGAUCUCUACCCUCCUUGCUGACGGACUGCGGUCUGCCUGGACUCUGCCAGAUGUUUGCACACAUCAGGUUGGUGUCGCCCUGACAGACGGAUGGAUGCAGAAGAUCCGGGGCUGAGAUGAGAUAAGCGCCCUCUCCGUCUCCGCCGAGCGUCUGCUGCAUAACGCCGAGCAAACAGUAAAGACGUGUAGCCCCAAAAACACCGGAACAUUUCAUUUGGCAAGUUAGCUGUGUCUUCUCUCUACACAUCCUCGCCAGCCCGAUGACUGUCCCGACGCUGCUCUCCGGAGGUGAUGCGAGCUGAAGCCGCGGGACGCCGCAGAGGAGCUGUCCGUGUGUCGAGGUGCUGAUGCGGCUGUGACAGAAGCGAGCAUGGCUGCCGGGAAGUUGCUGCUCUACGCCGGGCUCUGUCUCUCUCUUUGCGCCCUGGGCAUGCUGGCCGUGGCGAUGUGCUCCGACCACUGGUACGAGACCGACGCCAGGAGGUACCGGGAGCGGUGCCGAAGCUUUUCCAGCCGCCGCAAGGACCCGGGCUUCAUCUACAUCCCCAACAACAGCCUGCCGCUGCGGGCCGGCCGGAGCAGCCCGCCCCGCUGGGAGGAGAAGCUGCUGCUGGCCCGCAGCCGGCGGCAGCUGUUCGCCAUGAGCGCCGCGGAUGAGUGCAGCAGGCAGUACAACUCCACCAACAUGGGGCUGUGGAGGAAGUGCCAUCGGCUGGGCUUCGACCAAGACAUCGAAGACAUCAUGCGGAAAGGUUCCAUUGCGAGGUGCUCCUACAUCAAAUAUCACUACUCCUCGGCUACGAUACCCAAAAACCUCUCCUACAACAUCACCAGGACAAUAAGGCAGGACGAGUGGCACUCCCUCCACUUGCGGCGGAUGACGGCAGGCUUCAUGGGCAUGGCGGUGGCCAUCAUCCUCUUCGGCUGGGUCAUCGGUGUGCUCGGCUGCUGCUGGGACAGAGGCCUCAUGCAGUAUGUGGCCGGCCUCCUCUUCCUCAUGGGAGGAACCUUCUGCAUCAUCUCCCUCUGCACCUGCGUCGCCGGCAUCAACUUCGAGCUGUCCCGCUACCCGCGCUACCUGUACGGCCUGCCGGACGACAUUGGCCACGGCUACGGCUGGUCCAUGUUCUGCGCCUGGGGAGGCCUGGGCCUCACCCUCAUCGCUGGCUUCUUCUGCACCCUGGCUCCCUCCGUCCAGCCCAUACCCCGCUCCACCUGCCCCAAGUCCCGGCAGGAGAACGGCACCCUCUGCUAA